UUUAUACAGCAUGCUCUGAAUUUUAUGUAAGUUUGAAGACAAGAUCUCAUCGAAGAAUGGGGUGUAACUGUGCAACUGUAAAUUAUUUCCGAAAAGUAUCAAGUUUUGCUAGGCAAUGUUGUUUUCAUGCUUCAAGAAGGCCUUUCAUGCAACCAUCAAACUUUAGGGCACGUCAGGAUAUGCCCCAAAAUAGACACAUCCGCAUGUUUAUUCACAGCAACUAUAAACCGAGAAAAGCAUCGUAUUUUAUGGAUAUCAAAAUGCUUAUUGACAAUAAUAAUCUGCUACGAAAGUUAACUGGAAUCUUUUCUAGACAGCUUGAAAACGGAUCUACGCUAAAUCGAUGCAUUCAUUCAACAAACCGUAUUUUCAAAAAUACAAAUGACUCCAUCAAUGAUCAAACUAUGGAACCAAGAGAAGAAGAUAAAACUCAGAUAAAGAUCAUCAAUGAACAGAAAAGUGAUAGUAGUGAAUUUGUACCAUUUAUUUCGAAAUAUAGCACUGUGGGAUUCAACAUUGGAAAAAACAAAGUUGUGGGUUCUGUUGCUAUUUUGCCAAAAGGAAUUCUUUCUUGGAAGGUCCUCUCUCAUCAUCAAAUCACACCUGAAAGUCUAUCACUCUUCACAAUAAUUCAGCCUAGAAUUGAAAUACUAGUUCUUGGGGUUGGUGACAAAGUUGUACAGCUGCCAAAUGAAAUCUGGAAGUUUGCAAAGGAGAAUGAUAUUGCUCUAGAAGUACUUGACACUCCAAAUGCUUGUGCAACAUUCAAUUUCUUGACAGAGGAAGGAAGAAGGACUGCAGCUGCCCUUAUUCCACCCCAAAAUUUAAAGCCCUGACUUCCUUAAUUUCUGUUAUAUUUUAAUAUAUUUUUAUGUUUUUACGUAUUUGAUUGUCAAUGUUGAGUCACAAUGUAUAUCCUCUCCAAUUUCCAUGAGUGAUAUCCUCACAAUUUUAA